UCACGCGCUUCUCUCGUUUCCGGUUUCCCUCCCCCAAUGAGGAAUCGAAUCCGCUGCGCUUGGAUACUCCUCGUCUACUCCGUCUCUCUCCGUUGUGUCGCGCGCUCGAGUCUCCCGACGCAGCCGCUGUCAUGACCGCAGCAGAGAUUCUCGCCUGUUUCUUGCUGGCGGCCGCCGCCGCCGCGACUUCUGACCAACCUGGUUCUGCCGCAGAGGUGACGACUGCCACGGUGUUCUGGGACCCGCACCUGAAGACAGUGGUUGUGAAGGAGGGGGUCCUGCAGACGGACGGGGACGCGUACGGCUUCCUGAACGACACCCUGUCCUCCACGGGCUGGAGCGUCCUGGAGAUCCGGGCCGGAUACGGAAGGAGCCCUGUGGCAGACGAGCUCACCUUCUUCCUGGCGGGUUACCUGGAGGGCUUCCUGACGGCCGCGCAGAUGAUGGACCACUACUCCAACAUGUAUCCGCAGCUGAUCAAGGAGCCCAAAGUGCUGGAGGUGGUCCAGAGGUUCCUCAAGGAGCAGGACCAGUGGGUGAGGCAGCAGGUGAAGCUGGGCCGGGGGUCGGACCCGCUGUGGCGCCAUGCCGGCUUCAUCCUGGCCCAGCUGGAUGGACUGCAGGCUGGCGCCGCCGACUGGGCCAAGAAGGAGGGGAAGAAGCCUCUGUCCCUUUUUGCCGUCCAGUUCCUCAGUGCCGUGGGCGACCUGCUGGACCUCAUCCCGGCCCUGGUCCCGCCCAACAGCUCCACUCCUGAACAGCCGACACUGCCCGGCAUGGGUCACUGCUCCGCCCUCAUCAAGGUGACCCCCGGCUAUGAGAACCUGCUCUUGGCCCACUCCAGCUGGUACACUUACGCCGCCAGCAUGCGGGUCUACAAGCACUGGGACUUCCGGGUGGCAGAGCCCCACACUGCGACGGGGAGGCUGUCCUUCAGCAGCUACCCAGGCUUCCUGGUCUCUCUGGAUGACUUCUACCUGCUGGGCUCCGGCCUGAUGAUGACCCAGACCACCAACAACGUCUUCAACGCCUCACUCUUCGACCUUAUCACCCCCUCCAGCCUGCUGGCCUGGCAGCGGGUCCGGCUGGCCCACAGCCUGGCCCGCUCGGGCGAGGAGUGGGCCCGGGUCUUCUCGAGACACAACUCUGGGACCUACAACAACCAGUACAUGGUUCUGGACCGGAGUAAGGUCCAACUGGGUCACAGUCUGGGGGACGGGGCACUGACGGUGGUGGAGCAGAUCCCAGGACUGGUGGAGUUCUCGGACCAGACAGACACUCUGCGCAGAGGCUACUGGCCAUCCUACAACAUCCCGUUCCACAGGAAGAUCUACCAGAGGAGCGGCUACCAGCCCAUGUGGGAGAAAUUUGGGGACGACUUCUCCUACGACCUGUGUCCACGAGCCAAGAUCUUCAGACGGGACCAGGCCCGUGUGGAGGACCUGGACUCUCUGAAGCACAUCAUGAGGUUCAAUGACUACAAGAAGGACCCUUACUCCAGAGGAGACCCCUGUAAGUCCAUCUGCUGCCGCAAUGAUCUGAAGGCUGAGGAGCCGUCGCCAGGCGGUUGCUACGACACCAAGGUGACUGACCUCUCCUUGGCCCGGGACCUGGCCUCCGAGGCCAUCAACGGUCCCACCACUCAGGACGGGCUUCCUCCGUUUGCCUGGGAGCAGUUCAGCACCGUCCCUCACCAGGGUCUGCCCCCCCUCUACAACUUCUCCUUCGUCCGGAUGCAGCCGCGUCUCUUCCGGCCCUGACUGACCCCGCCCACUCUCCACAGUGGUUUUAAGCAACAGGUCUCUUUUAAACAGCGCUACGCCCGCCUGUGCUGUCAGGUUCUUAUUAAAGUUUUAGCAAGUUUGUGGUGUGUGUGGCCUCAGUAUGUGCUGCGUGGAGGGUAAGCAGGGGGCAGCCUCAUGAGGCUCCUGGGACGCUCACGGUGUCUCUCUGCUUCCGUCGAAAUUGAGGAAGUGAAACGCUGGUGGUGCCUCUGCACUCAUUUCACCAACUGGCCUCCCCCCGACUGAUGCUCGUAGCUGCAGCCAUGAGCAAGAAGAAGUCCUGUCCUGGAGGAGAGAAGUGGGACACCCUGCUCAGCGCCUGCAUCCAUGAAGGCGCCGCACCUGGACCCUCCGACGGUGAGUCUUUGCUGGGGAGGAGGGAUGGGGGCUCCAGCUCUCAGUCAUGUUUCCCAUCAUGGUCCCACCAGAUCCUCUCCUACCCUCAGACCCGGAGCUCAUGGCUGCUUCUCCUGUUGGACGGUCUCAGUCCACGUCUCAAGUGAGUCCCAUGCUCUGGACGCUUGUGGUACUGACCACUGCGGGCUCCGUCUUGGCGCUGGUGUUGUGGAUGGUCAUCUUCAUCCGGAGGAGGCGCAGGACUACCGGGUUCAGGGCUCCGGAUCAUCCCACAAAAACCGAGUUCCUGAACAAACCUGCAGCGCUACCGACAGGUGUCUCCAGCAGCGAGUCCCAGGGCUCCGCCCACUCAUGCCACCAUGACCUGCCGCACCCGUCCGCCCCCUCCGGGCCCUCGCUUGGUCCAGUCUGGAGCCACAGGGUCCCGCUUCCUGCCACAGAGCUGGGGGGCACCGCUCUGGUCACCACCAAGACGGUCGCUGGAGGCGCCGGGUCGUGAUGUCUGUCUGUGUGUGUGUGUCUGUCUGUCUGUGUGUGUGUGUGUGUGUGUGUGUGUGUGUGUGUGUGUGUGUGUGUGGCCAGCAGAGCUCAGUCUAUGCGCCCCAGCGACCAUGAUCUGGACCGGAUAGACCCGAGGAUCGAGCGUCAAAAUAAUAUUUAAUAAAAAUCACAAACAAGUCAUUUGGAGUCUUUCAAAAACAAGGUAGCAUCGUUGUGUUGUGGACAAAUGUGGAGAUU